UACAGAUUUGAAACGUUAAGAAAAUAUUGAAAAAUUGUCUUAGAGAGCACAACAGACACUCUAACAACAUGCUCAAAUUUGUAUUAAGGCUUUCAAUAGCCUUCACUUUAUGUUUGUGCUGUACUGCUGCGGUUCUUUCUUCUGCUCAUCUUCCUCUGGAAGCUCGGGAUGCCGAUGGUUCUUCGGAGGAAGAAGAAGUCAUUUCCAACAGCUACGUUUUACCCAAUCAAAUUUUCAACAAUGGUAAACCAUACUAUGCCAGUAAAGAUCCUGUGUCGGGUCAAUUAGAUUUUAACAUAAAAAAACCUGCUGGUAUUGAUUCAACCGUCAAUGAAGUUAUCGAUCCAAAUGAGAAGGCCAUCAUAACAUCUUCAUCGCCAAAUAUCCAUGAUUUUCUCAAUUUGCCUGUGAAGUAUUCAUCAUCAAAGUUUGUUUACCCCUUGGUUUCAAGUUCCUAUGCGAACCUGAAAUAUCAGGGCAGUAAUAAGAACUAUAUUUCAAAACAAAAGCCCACACAUGUUGUACAAGCCACUUUGGCUCCAAAUUAUCAUACGGCCAAUUAUUAUACGGUGCCUACAACCAAGUUAACUCCAGUAGCUCCUACUACACCAGCAUUAACUAGCACUUCCAGUACCACUACUUCCACAACAACGACGACAACAACAAAGAAACCAACAACUGCUUCAACCUCCAGCUCAACAUCUACAACCCCCACCUCAACAUCAACAAGUACCACUAGCACUUCAACUACUUCGACUACCAAAGCUCCCAUAGUCCAAACUUUAGUAUCGGUGCAAUCAAGCAGCAGUUCCCAAAAGUAUACCACCUCUACGCGUAGACCUACUCAAUCUACAUCAACUGUUGCUCCUAAAACUUCAACAACGCGUAAGAAGUUUAUACCCAAUAAAAAGUAUACUCCAACCCCACCCCAAACCACAUCAACAGCUAUGCGUUUCCCUGAACAAGGACCACUUAAUACCACCGCGUUGCCUAGACCUACCACUACCUCUGUCUUUAGUAAUCAACAUCCCACUCAACCUUCAAGUACAAAGAAUACAUAUCCCACAACUUUACAACCCGUGGUAUUUACUGAAGAUCCUUUGUCACCUCCACCAUUCAGUCCAUUCCCCAGCAGUACCCAUAUUCCUAAUUUGGAACCAGCCGAUGUUUAUCAUACCUUGGAUCAAAAGAAUACAGAAAACAAAUUUGAACAGAAACCAUCCAUGACUCUAGCGGACAUUUUCAAUAGCUUAGCUGAAGAGGAGUCGGCUGUAGCCGCCAACAAUCCAAUGCAUCAAGGACUGGAUGCUCAGGGUAAUUUAAUGGUACCUUUAGAUCCCUCUAAGCCUUCGCCUUUUGCUAUGCACAACGCAGAAGCACCUAGACAGCCGCAGCCAACUAAUCCCACAUUGGGAACUACUGUUAUUCCUCAAAAUCCCCUACAACAGCAGCAUCUGCAAUCUCAACAAACAUCUCAGCAACAUCAACAACCCGCUGUCAUUUCUGGCAGCCAGGAAACUUUCAGCAAUGAAUAUGUAUCCUACCAAGUACAACAACCAAACAUUAUGCAAUACAGACCAGCUCCUGGUGCCAUCAAUAAUGUUGUCAUAUCGCCUGGUCAAAAUUCUGCUUCCUUGGUUUUGGGCAGCCAGCAACAGGUGGGUCAAAACGCUUUCGGUUCAGUGGAAAAAGAACCGUUAUUCUCCAAAGAUCACCCCGUCCAGUAUGGUCAAGUAAUUAGUGAAGAUAUAAGUGGCAUUAGUAGACAGCCUGUGCCAAAUGCUCCAAGCCCCUAUCAAGAAAUGCCAAAUCCAAGCCCCAUUUCCAAUUUCCAUCAAAAUGGCAAUUUCGCUACUAAACAAGAACAACCUAAAAGACCCGAGUUGCAAAGACCUUUACCACCCGUUAAUAAUUAUCAAGAAUUACCGCCAGCUCCUCCCUCUCCUUAUCAACAAUUACCUUUGAUUGGCAACAUUAGAAAUAAACCCAAUAACCCAGCACAUCAAAAGCCUUUGUCACCACCACCACCACCUCCCUCACAAAACCAAGCCAUACCAUCUUCAAAUCCUAUCGGCUCGAUACAGUCUGUUAGUCCUCAAGAUAAUGGCGAUAGCUCUAUAACUUUGGGCUCACAGCAAAAUACUAAAGAGCUUUUGGUUUCUACAAACAUACGUUUCCCAGCCAAUGAAGAACAUUCAAUAGAAAUACCCUCAUUGCCAGUAGCCAAUGGUCCUCCAGCUGGUCCUCAAGUUAAUGGACAUGCUCAACCCCUAAGCUUGCAACAAAUACAAAACUCCAAUACCGUUGUCUUCCCCAAGCAGGAAGAUGGCAAACCGCAACAGAAUGAAAUUAUUUAUCACAACACUCCCAACUCCAAUGCUGAUGGUGUACAAAUUCAAAAACAUGAGGUCUUGACUAUGAGUCAACAUCAACAGAAAUUGACUUUCCCUCCUGCCAAUGAACCAAAUACUCCUGCUCAACAUAUGAUACCACCUCCACUACCUAACAGCAUCGGCUCCGAACACGAAUUGCAAAAACCGAACCGUCCACAUGGAGGUCCUCAGUAUGCCUACAAUGAAUAUACACGCAAGCCCAUACCAGGCAUUACACGUCCAAAUCCCGAUCGUCAUUUGCCCAACAUUCUACCUCAGUUCCGGCCAAAUGCUAAAAUAUCCAGUGGUCAUCCUCAGCAAGCAAAUUUCAAUCAAGAACCAGGAAAUAUUCGAGUUACUGGACCUCAACAGCCAAUGAGAGGGCCAAUUAAUGGAAACCCACAAUUUUCACACAGACGUCAACCAUUGGGAGGUCAACCUAAAAGAUAUCCUUUAACUAGAAUGGCAGAGUAUCCUGCAGGUCUACCAUCACCCAAUGAAAUGGCCAAUAGACGUGUGUAUAGAGUACCUCCCUAUGGCGGAGCUGGUGUACAGUAUUUAGACAGACCUGGCAUGCAUGUUAGAAGACCACUGCCCCAUAAUUUAAGACCAGCUGAAUCUAUGAACGUUGAAAGACAUGCUUUGGCUCCGGCAUUGGAAAAAUUACCCGCUUUUGAAGAAGAAGACUUGGUUAUCGAUGAUCCCCCUCAACCAGUGGCUCCUUCAAAGGAAGCCAACUUAUUCAGUGAGGCCAAAUUGGAACCUGUGGUGACUUUGCAAAUGUUACAAUCUCAGAAAAAGGCUGUGUCCUUACCCAGUGAUGAUAGCGGUGAUGGCGAGAUUCAGGUUCCUAGUUUAGACAAUGAUGAGACUGAAGAAGUUGGUGCUCAAGAUAACCAAAAUGGUUUAUAUGUGGUUUAUCCCAUUAAAGGAGCCAAAAAAUCUGAAAACAUAGAAGAUCCUGAAAAUCAAAAUGUUUUACCAGCUGUGGCUCACAUGGAACCACCCACUGGUAGUGAAUAUCAAAACACACCAUUCUCCAUAAUCAGAGAUCAUCAGCAAGAACCAGUGUUGAAGAACAAAAAGCCUCUGUCAUUGCAACAACAAAACAAAGCCCAGCAAGGCAAAGAUUCUUUCCCAUAUCCAAUAGAAAAGCCAGAUCCUUCAUAUAGCGAAUUGAAUUCGGCCCCAAGAGUACCAGGUGUAGUUAUUGCUCCCAAGAUCAGAAAUGGUGCAUACGGCUUGGCCACAGAGGCUCCCAUUGCUAUUGCUUAUACACCUACUGAACCCAGUCGUCAUCAAGGGCUAGGUAACCAUCAACAACAGCAGCAGCCACAGCAACAACAACAACAACAGACCAUGUACUCCAACAUUAAUUUAGCUACUCCCGUAAUUAAUGAAAUACGCCCCGAUACACAAACCGAGGAGGCUUUGAACGGCCACGAUUUUGAUUUAAGAGCCCAGAAUUACGAAAAGAACUUCAUGGCACCAUUUUAUCCAAGUGUAAGUUUAGAUUCUGUUACUAGUACUCCCACCAAUGGCUGGAAUGUUUUGCCCUCUUCCACGGACAACAAUUUGUAUGAAAAGAAUAACAUCGACAGAUCAGAUGUUGGUAAUGGUGACAACAAGUCCGGUGAAGGUGUAGAAUCUGCCACAAAAUCGUUUGAAUUAGAUAAAUUCCAACCAGAAUUACAAGGCGGUUUCAAACCGAUUUAUCCUCCAGGCUAUAAACUUGAUAAUGAACAAGAAGAACAGGAACAAUUACAACAACAUGAAACAAACAAUAUGCCUCUGGCCUUGGCCAGUCGUAUGGAACCGCCACAGAAACUACAACAAUUGUCCGAAGAACUGAAAACAAGCUCUUCAACUUCAUCAACUACUACAACCACUGCUAAACCUUUAACAGACAAUGAAAACACAGACGAAAAUUUAAAGUUAAAACCCACUGAAAUUCCUUCGGCUACUGUGAAACCCACAAAAAGAACGAAAUCCAAAUUUGAAACCAGUUUAGCGGCUUUACUCUUCGGUGAAGAUGAAGAAGACGCUGUUGAAGCUGAUGAGCCCGCAGAACAGACUCAAGCACGCCAAGAACCAACCAAAGCCAUGAUGAGCGGUCCAAGAAGUAUACCACGCAUGGGUCCACGUAGUUUGAAAAUAUAAAAUUUACCAUUUUUAUCCUUAAUUUAGGCUUGACUUUUCGAAUUCUAAUCUUAUUUUUAGUUUUUGCUUUAAUUUAUGUAUUGAAUUGUCUUUUAAAAUUUUCUAUUUAUAGGAAUUUAUUUAAAGCUACAUGAUUAUUUUUAAUUUAUUAUUAUUUUAAGCAGCAGCAUUCUAAAACCGCUUCUCAAAAAAAACUAACAACAUGUUUUCUAUAAAACUUGAAAACUUAAUUAAAACCAAAAGUAGCAACUCUUGCGAGUCUAAUUCGAAAUUUUGUAAUUAAAUACAACAACUUGGUAGUUUCUUAUUAGACUAGCGAUUUGUUGAACUUCUUCCCUUUACAAAACAAAAAAAAAAUUCUUUCCUCUUGACAAAAAUUAAAAUUUAGUUAUUACAUAUUACAAAUUACUAACUUGUAAUUAAGUAUUAGAACCAAACAGAAGAGGAAAUAUUUACAUAUAUCACAAAUUUCAUAAUAAACAAUAGUAUAAUACAGAAUUAUUAUUUAAUUAUUAACCUUUCAAUAGAUAUAAUAUGUACUCGUAUGUAAACAAUGUUUUUAACUUUUAUACAUCAACAAAUGGAAAUUAUAAUAUAAAUAAAUAUGUAUUUAUUAAAAUAUUUAAUAAAACACGUACAAUAAAAUAAAUAAAUAACUUAUUUAUCAUAAUGUCAA